AUGUACAUUGUUGGACUAAAUUGUGAAGAUGUACAUAACAAAGAUGUACAACUCACAGACGAUAGUCCUUCUGUCGAUACUGGACUGAUUGGUGCUGCUACAUUAAUUUUUACUGGACAGAUUGGUGCUGUUACAUUAGUCGCUACUGGAUUGAUUGAUUCUCCUACAUUAAUUUUUACUGGACAGAUUGGUGCUGUUACAUUAGUCGCUACUGGAUUGAUUGAUUCUCCUACAUUAAUUUUUACUGGACAGAUUGGUGCUGUUACAUUAGUUUUUACUGGGCAGAUUGGUGCUGUUACAUUAGUUUUUACUGGGCAGAUUGGUGCUGUUACAUUAGUUUUUACUGGACAGAUUGGUGCUGUUACAUUCGUUUUUACUGGACAGAUUGGUGCUGUUACAUUCGUUUUUACUGGACAGAUUGGUGCUGGUACAUUAGUUUUACUGGACAGAUUGGUGCUUAUAUUCAGUUCAUUCAAAGAUCACGAUCGCUCUUUAGUGGAUGAAAAAAGAGAAGAUCUAUCUUCUGCCAUAUCCAACGAAAGCCUAAAUGAGAAAGAACGCCACCUGACGGAGAUGAUUCAGCAGCUACAGGCACUCCGGGAACAACUGGUAGCUCAGCAACGACACCAGAGCAAGUUUCAUAUUGAAGACAAUAGACACAGCGAUGAAAUCCGACGACAGCAGGAGGAACAGAUAAGAAGACAACAGGAACAACUGGCUCAACAGAAUGAGAAGAUUCAGGAGUUGCAGAUUCGACUCAAUGAUCAGUAUAUGGCUGCUGCAGCAACCAAAUCCUUACCUGGAAUGCCCGGAAUAGCGGCAGGGGUUACACCUCAAGGUCUCAUGUUUCUUCCUGUCUUUGAUGGAGGCUUUUCUAGUGGUGCGGGAGUACCUCAUCCCGGUGGGAUAGGGGAUUUGGACACCACGACAACUGGAAUUUCCCCCAUGUCUCUGCCGCCACAAACACUCAGCUCCACCACGCGGCAAUUGUCACCAAACAAAACAACAAAUAUGGCCCCUGAACCCUUAGGAGAUAGACCACUUACGUCAUUCCUAUCUCCACUUCAGCCUUGGGUGUCUGGUGCGCCACCUGUCGUUCCAAUGUGUAGCUCCUCCACCAACAACUCGGUUCAACCCGCAACAAAAUCCUCAGACUCAAUCCCAGAAAAUGAUGGUCCGCUAAACCUUAGUAAACCUAAAUCUUGUGGCAGUAAUCCAAGCAGUGCCAGCUCCAGCCCAACUCCUCACCUUAACAUUAAGCAAGAAGAGAAGGAAAGAGGACAAUCUCCAAGCCUUUCCAAACGACGGUCUCCAAACCAGACUAGCAAAUGCUCCUCAUCUCCAUCAUUCAGUUCUCCAAUACCAACCAACACCAGUAUGGCAAGUUUGCUAGGAGCAGUAUCACCUGAAGUAUAUUCGGCUGCAGCCUCGUCUUUUAUGCAGGGAACAAGUCAUUAUAUGCUUCCUCCACACUUGAGAAAUGCGGCACAUAUGCCACUAGGUGGCAUUGUUGGUCAUCCUGGUAGUCUGCUUGGUGGGGGAGUGAUGGGAAAGGAUGGGAUACCUACCUCGUUAGCCGCCUCGUCACUUGGCAUGGGACAAGUCUCCCCUACUGGCUUUCCACUGGGAGCUGAUGGAAAGCACUUUCCACUUCACAUGUAUCUGGCACCACAGAAUAGUGACACGUUUUCCUCGACAUCUAGUAAUACCAGAAGAGACAUCACUGAAGAAGACAAGAAAGGUAAAUUGCUUGGAGCAAAAAUCAUUCGUCAGAGUAAGAAGGACGGUGAAGGAAGGCCACAUAUCAAACGUCCUAUGAACGCAUUCAUGGUGUGGGCCAAAGAUGAAAGAAGAAAAAUUCUUAAGGCUUGUCCAGACAUGCACAAUUCCAACAUCUCCAAAAUACUUGGUGCAAGAUGGAAGGCCAUGUCGAACGCAGAGAAACAACCAUAUUAUGAGGAACAGUCACGAUUAAGCAAACUGCAUAUGGAAAGACACCCAAAUUAUCGUUACAGGCCACGUCCCAAACGAACCUGUAUUAUAGAUGGGAAGAAACUUCGAAUUUCAGAGUAUAAACAAAUAAUGAAACAUCGUCGUCAAGAAAUGAGAAAUAUGUGGUACAGAGAUGGUCCAUUGGGUCUCCUUGAUUCACCAACCUUGGUUAAUCCAACGAGUAUGGCGUCGUUGCUUAGUAACCCUUCAGUGGAUGCAAUCAGCUCAAGUGAUGAUCAACAAUCCUUGACAUCCAGCUUCUCUGGAUGUACAAAUAGUCUGCUCGACAGGAUGUUGAUUCCAGUUUCCACCAGCUCCUCGCCAGGGUCACUUUCCACUACAAAAGAAAACAAUUCAGUGUCAACAGAUUCUAUUAUGCAUGAACGGGUUGUCACUGCAAUGGAAACCUCAACAUGAGAAUAGCCCAGUUUUUUCCUUAUUGAAGAGACCCACAAAACUAAGAGAACCAAAAUUAGGUUCCUAAGUAUGUAACAUAGCUGUGUCUUUGGACAAGAAACUGUCAAACUGAUGCCUGCUGGUUUAAAGAAACACAAGCUGUGAACUUGUUUUGGGGGCCACACAUAAAGUGCAAUCACGUCACUGUUCAGAGUUCACUGUGAACAACAAUUUUACAACUCAGGAGAGAACUUUUCGUGUUAUUCAACAUUCACAUAUACUCAGUCUAUGAUUUAGUAAGGAAGGAAGCUGAGCGCUGAACAUUAGCAUCGAUUGGGUAACCCUAAGACACUCUUUAAAUUUAAGAGACACAGUGGUUUAAAAGGAGUGGACGUUUCUAAAAUGGGAUUUUAUUUGUUUUACUAUUAGUUAUGUGUAACCAGAAGUACAAGACGCGACUAACAAUUCAUUUUAAGUUGUUCUUUUUUAAGUUCAGAAGAAAGAUUUAGGAUAGUAUCGUUUAUUUUAUGUGCUCAAGAUUAUUUACCUAUUAUCUAGUCUGUGAUUGUGUUGUUGAAGACACCUGGUGAGCCGUUUUGGUACCAGUAUUUGAAGUUUCAGACAAAACUGUAGGUGGCUAGAUUACAGCUUAUGUUGUUAUAGUAAAUUGUACAUGAUAAUUGGUAUAAUAUAUAUAUAUAUAUACAUAUAUAUAUAUAUAUGUAUGUAAUCUCUAUGUUGGAGCCAAGUAAGAAUCUUGAUAUUGUUCCAUAAAAAACUUCUAGAGUUUUUAGUGACCACGUUAUUACUAUAUGUUUAUUUCCGAAAAAUCGGAGUUCUUCUAGUGUCAUUACAAGUUUUCCGUUUGUUUGCAGUCGAGACUGAAGAUCGUUUGUUCGAAACUAUCUGUGAAAACUAUAUUCUUUGACUUAGUUUCCUUGUAAGGAAAUGAUAACUUGAAAGUUGACAGAGUAAUUCGUAAUUAUGAUCUGUAGAGGUAAAGCGGUGGCUAAUGUUUCAAGAGUGGGAUUUGGAAUGAUUUUUACGAGGGCAUUGAAUAAUCGUGUUAUGUUGUGUGCGUUAUCUUGUGCUCUACGUGUUAUGUAAUAUUCUUAGCCUAGAAUGACAAUUACUAUAUUGUACAGACACUGACAAAACUUACGUUAGUCUUUAAUUUACUAAAAAUAAUGCCCACUCACAGAGAUAACACGAUUUUUCAAAUAAAUGUCUAAAAGUUGUUUGUUUUUUUUUCACCAGUAAUAUCGUUGAACUAUAUUCAUAUAUCUGUCUGUCUGAUUCGUCUUCAAUGGACGAAUAUACACGUUCUUACCCUACGGUUAUAAGUAGGACUUGUUCAAGAUGCGAUUGGAAGUGCCAUAGCUUUUUUUUUUUUUUUACCCUGGUUCCUGGUGUUAAGGCUUAACCACUGGUAGAAGAAAUGUACAGGAAAACAUCGAACAUAUAAGUUGUCUAAAAUCCUUCUUGACAUUCGACUCUUUUGACGUGUCUCAGCGAUAAGCCCCAGGGCUUAUCACAUUAGAAUUCGGGGCUCGAUUCCCUUGGUGGAGACAACGCAGGUAGCCAUUGCAGUGGAGUAGGAAGAGAGGGCCUGGUCUCCAGUGAUUUUGAGAAGCCACACCUCCCCCGAAUUAUUUCUGAAAAUUGUGUGUUUCAGAGAAAGAAAGGCCGAUUGCAUGAUGUCGCUGAAAUUUCCAUUAUGAUGUAGGGGGAGGUCAUGGCGCUCGCUGGCUGUUAGUCUGCACAGGUAAGUAGUGGUAACAGGUGUACAUCCUUCUACUCCACAGUACAGCUUUGCGCUUAAUAAACACUAAAUAGUUUUGAAAAAAAAUAAUCAUAAUAAUUACUGAAAUAAAUUCAGCUUCGUUGCUUUCUAAAUAUAUGUGCGUUAUUAGAGACUUUAAAAUCUGUAUUUGAGUUUAUUUUGGACUUAUUACUUUGGUCAGUAAGCGAUAAAAAGUGUAUGUUUAAUAUUGAAAUUUUUUUAUUCUCAUUCAACUCAUGAGUCGUUAAUUUGAGUGUAUUACUGGUUUUGGUUUUGUUUCUACAGGUCAUGUGCUAUACAGGGUACGUACCUGGUAAAAUGUACACAUUGCUCAAGUAGUUUAGUUGUCUUUAUUUUGUACUGGUUCAGGCAGUUUUGACGUAGCCUUGAAAGUGACUUCUUUUUUUCACCAUCUUUUGGUUAUAAAACAUAACUAUCUUGUUUGUGGCCAAGAUGUUAUAACUAAAUGAACGUUAUCGUGGCCCACAUAAACCAACUCCAUAUAAAUAAUGUGUUUAAUAUCUCGACUUCAUAUAUCAAAUCAAUAGAGACACAAGUACAACUACAUAGUUUUUUUUUUCUUUUAGUUGACAAAUAAGUUUGGGUCUUGCAUUUUAAGAUGGGGUAUUCGUAUUUUUAACCUUAAUUGGGCAUUUUGUUGAAUGUUGGUUCCACAAUUAACUUCGGUCCAGAGGCCAGUUCCCAUGUUAAUAAUGACUGUUAGACAAUUGGGUACUUCUUGUCGUCUGUCUGGUUUUGAUGGUGGAAAAAAAUGUAAGAUUAGAAAAUAAAUUAUCUUCUCAGAAAAUUAAAUAAAAGUUGUUAAUAAAACGAAAGAGGAAAAAAAACGUUGUUAUUCUAUUCUUGUUUCGCACUUGUAACAUAUUUCUUCAUUCUUGUUUCAAACGUAAAAAUCCUCAACCUUUGCUGUCUGCCUUUAUAGCAUUUUUGUUUGUUUACCUUACUACAAUCUAUGUGUUAUUUUCAAGUCUUACCAUUAACUACGUGUACAUUUUAAUGAAUAUUAAAGUAUCUUGUUGAGUCA